AGAGCCUGCCAAAGAGGAGGAUGUGUGAAGUGAAGCGUUCUGUGCUGGGUCCAUGUUCCAAGUGUUCUGCUGAAAGGUCUGAAGCAUCAACAUCUAUUAGAUGGAUUAUAAAUAGAGUGCUUGAUAAAAUAGAUGGAUAACCUGCAGGCUGAGAACUGGCGCUGGUUUGAACUGGCCUGAGCCCUGAGAACAACAGCUAGGAACAUGAGCAGAGGGCAGAACUGGAGGCUAACUUUAGAAACAAGUUUUGGAAAGAACUCUGUGGAUGAUUGACAGGCCUACUCUCCUCCAGGUCUUCAUGGUGCAACCUGCCAGCAAUAAAGAGUGGGCAAGGGUUACAGCCUCACUAGGAGAAUAAAAGCCUCCGACCCUGCAGGAAGUGCAAAGCAUUCAACAGAGCAGAGGUAAUAGGGAGAACACCAAGGUCUUUCUCCAGCCCAACCUAAACAGAAAUUAUCAAAGCAAGAGAGCAUCACAGCAUAUCAGGUUUUCCCUGGGCACAGUAAAAGUAGGAGACAUGAAUCUGAACGAAAGAAGGAGGAGUGAGAUUCUGCUGGAGGAGAUGUUGCUACUGACUGCCCAGAACCUACCUGAAGUAGAAAUGAAGGAUAACUACACAAUUCUCAAGGAGCUGGGCAAUGGCUCCUACGGUCAUGUGCUUCUAGCAAUGAACCAGUCACAAGGAAAUCUAAUGGCGCUGAAGUUUAUGCAGAAGAGCAUAACAGAUCUUCAUGUUUUUCUUGGGGAAUAUUGUGUCUCACUAAUCCUGGCAGCUCACCCGUGCAUUAUUGGGACCUUCGGCAUUGCCUUUCAGACUGACAGCCAUUAUGUUUUUGCCCAAGAGUUGGCAGUGGACAACCUCUUCUCCCUCAUGAAACCUCAGAUUGGAGUGCCUGAGAUGACAGUUAAACGCUGUGCAAUCCAACUUUCCAGUGCUUUGGAGUAUAUGCAUAUAAAAGGACUGGUUCACCGUGAUAUAAAACCUGAAAACAUCCUUAUUUUUGACCAGGAAUGUCGCCAGGUCAAGCUGACUGACUUUGGACUCACUUGCACUAAGGGCACCUCAGUGGAAUCUCUGCCUGAGAACCUGCCUUAUACAGCACCAGAAAUGUGCAAACUGGGUGCUUUGGACAGACUGAUUGUGCAAACCAGCCUUGAUGUUUGGUCUUUUGGGGUGCUCUUGUUCUGUAUCUUGACUGGAUACUUUCCUUGGAACUCUGCAGUGCCAACAGAUAAAAAUUAUUCAGCUUACACCAAGUGGCACAGAAGCAGCAGGAUCUUUAAGCUUCCCAUGCAGUGGAACGUCCUUACUACAGAGGCUCUAGAGAUGUUAAGGAAGAUGCUUGUCCUAGAACCAACAAAAAGGUGCACCCCUAACGAAGUCAUGAACUGUCUCAAGACACCAUGGAAAAUUAACCUUGAGAAUAAAAAUGGGAAUGCCAGCAGAGGGAAGUUGGACAAUUCCAAUUAUUUAGGAGAUAAACUGGACAACAAAAAUAUUAGGAGGAGGGCAAGAUGAUUUUAUAUGAUAUAUGUUAUAUGAUAUCUUUGUUAUUAUAUAUUUCUGAUAGCCAGUGGCACAUUGCCAGUCAGCGAGGAGGUCCUGCACCUAUAAGGAGAGAUUGCAGGAGCUUCAGUUUCAGAAAGACAGCAGCAGUUGUGGAUGACACACAGUCUUAGCAGUUGAGAAGUGUAGGUUUGAUGGAGGUUUUUGAGGGUCUUUUAGACAGCAGUCUGAAAAUGUCCUUUGUUAAUAACAAUCCUGUCUAAUGCUUUUAGCAGUGUGUUAUAUUACUGACUACAGAGGGUAUGUACCUGGAUCAUAUGCCAUUUUUGGACAGCAAAACACGUAGCUUGAUUAUUUGGUACAACCCUUCUCAUAGAAUGAAGAGCUCCAGAAUUGAAAGUAUUAAUUAUAAGGCUACUAUGCUUUAUACUAUAAUGCUUAUUAUAUUUUCUAUAGCAGAAUACAGUGUUCUUAUGAAAAAGCAAAGAAAAUGGGCCACCCCAGCGCCUAUACUAAGAACAAGGGACUGCUCAACAUGUCCCUUUAACAUGCCUUCAUAAACACCAAUUACAUACCUUUAUACAAGAGUAGAGAUGCCAUAUUUCUAACCUUGACUAAGGCAUUCCCUGUAGAUUUUUUUAAGCAGCCCAGUCUUCCUUUGAUCGUUAAAUAGAAGUAUUUUGUAAGGCAAGCAAUAGUUUUAAGCAUGUUCUGUGCACACAGCACUCUGAGGAAAUAGAUUAUUGUUGAUAUAUGAUCAAAAAAAAGAUAUACAAGACAUGUUUUAUUAGAUGCUGGUACACUUUAGUGACUUUGUUAGUGAAUUAACCCUCUGUACCAGGCACAUUACAUUAAAAAGUGAUUUCAAUGUACAUUUUCAUUAAUAACCUAAUUCAGAUGUUUUGUCUAACAAGCAGAUUAUAUCUACAGUAUAUAUUACAUUCAUGUAUAUAGAUACAAGACAUAUAUAUGUUUAUAUGCUAUGAUAUCUAAAUAUGUGAAUGUUAAGGUAUACAGAACUUGAGAAACCCCAGCAUGUUCAUGUAUUUUAUAGUAUUUGGAACCCUGUUCAGUUAUGAAUGCAACAACAUACAGUACACCCAAGAGAUACUCAGUUUAAGUUUUACAGCCCAUUUACUGAGCUUAGACAAAGUAAGUCUCCCAGCCGUAAUAAAACUGAUCCAGACUCUUUGGAAUCCAAGGGAUGAUACAGAUCAUAAAUGUAACCAGAGAACGACAGCAUAAGUUUACAGGCUGGAUGACCCAUAAUUAAUUUGAAGAUAUUAACCUUACCUGACAUUAUUAAAUAUUAAAGAGUGUUUUACUUCAGAAUAAUUAACUUGCAGCCCUGCUCAUUAUUAAACAGAAAUACCAGCAUGUCGUAAACUACAGUUCAGCAACAGCUGGAUUAGAUAUGCAGGCUUUACAUUAAUUUAGUCUAAACAUGACAAUAAUGUCGAAGGAAUGGCUUUGGAUAGCAGUCACUUGCACUUGGAUAAAACGAUUCAUGUUUCCAGCUGUAAAUUCUGUCUGCACCUUACUUUACUUUGAACAUAAACAUAGUGACCUUUGAGUGUUAUGGACCAAUCAUUUGUAUCAUUUGUAUAACAAGCCCCAAAAGCCAUUUUUGUAUUACUGCAUUAAAUAAAUAUUAUAUUCUGAAAAUCAA